AAUGGCGACUUCCCUAGGCAUCUAAAAACGUCAAACAACGCAGUUGGCGAUAAUAACUGUAACAAUAAUAAUAAUAGAGUAAGAAUAAGACUUUGAUAGGAGAUUCUACGCAUUUUUGACUCUCCAAUUUUUCCAUCGUGACACUUUCGGCGUUCAAUAUGCGAGCCGUGUUCAGUGAUUGUUUCAUCCUAGCCUUUAUUGUCCAGUUUAUGACUCAAGUCUAUGUCUCCAGCCAACGUGUCGUCGUAUCCAACGACGGACCCGCCAUACUAGGAGGUUCGAUAACCUUCAGAGCCGAUCUCUACAAUGAUGACGGAACUAGACCGUCGGGAACGUUUUCAUACAUCUGGGAAGAUGACGCGUUGAAUCCGCACAAGUAUACGUCCCCAAACACGGAGAACACAACUUCCGAUUGGACCGUCACGUUUCCAGCUGAUAGAAACAGCGUCGGAUCGUAUCGGCUCAAGCUAGUUGUGGAGAAGAAAUUUUGGAUAGCUUGGCCAGUCUUUGCGAGUGCAAUGACAGACUAUAAAGUGACGAAUCUUCUUAACGGCAACAUGACACUCACUCAGGCAAAUAAAAGCAUCAAUAGCGACUACGUCUCGUCCAGCUCUCCAACAGAGUUGAGAAUUAAUCUGCGCAAGGCCGAUUACGACAUGGUCAAGGCUAAGGGGGCGACCUCGAUCACGACCUCCUGGCGUAUUAACUGCACAUUCUUUGGACCGUUUCCGAAUUUAACGUUCAAUCAUCAUUUUUCCGAAUUAAAUACGACCCAAGUCAUCGAAGCCCUGGUCGUUGUCUCUUACGAUCCACCCGUUACUACCACCACACUUGCGCCAACAACCGUAGCUCCACUCACCACUACUUCAGCAUCAAACACAACAACAUCGACUACGCCAAUCACAACGACGACUACUUUGCCUAGCAGCACUUCAGCAGUGCCAAAAGUUGAAUCUAAGAUGACGGUGAAUUCCGCCGCUCUCUCCACAUGCUCAAACGCAACGAUCAUUCCUCAGGAUCCAAACAACACUUACGGUUAUUUUACGAAAGCGGUGAAGGUUAGAGCGCCCAUCUCAAACAUCACCGUCACUGGUACAAACUGGCUUCAACCCUGGGAGAUGCUCUCCUUGAAUGUGAGCUGCAAAGGCUCUGGACCGUUCAAAGUAUGUCUUUCGAUCCAUCCAGGAAACUAUAACAUAACGGGAAAUGAAACCUGCAAGACUAAUACGGUCUUGGAAAACUGCAGCUUCCCGAUAAUCCAUUACUUCCUCGAAGCCAAUGUCUACACGUAUCUUGUGGUGCUGGAAAACGAGAUCAGCAUUCAGCGCUAUCCUCUGACUAUAAAUAUUUACAAAGCUACCACUAAAGCCCAACUUUCUGUAAUAAUCGUGCCUGUCUCCUGCUCUCUGGCAGCGAUGGUUUUGAUAGUUUUUGGUAUCGCUUACUACAUGCAGAGUCGAGCCAGGUUCACCGUCGAAGUGGCAGACUUUGAUUUUGGACAGCACAAUCCUGAAAUGGAAUAUAAAACGUUUACCGAGAGAUUGCGGGACUCGUUUAACACCGCACUACGCCCUGGAGGAGAUAGAAUAAACGGGUACGAGGCACUGAAUAAACCGCUCGUAGAGUAACAAACAGUAACAAUUAGUAAAAAGAACAAACAGGUAGAGAGAAUAAAUUAAAAGACUCAUAUUCAUUACUACACAACGCAAAAUUUAAUACUAAUAUUAUUGUAACAAGUUAGUGUGGCCUGAGAAUCAACCUGAGACA